UUCAUGAGCAAUAAAUGCCCUAUUAUUGUAGAGUUUUUCUCCUUAUACAUACAACAUAGGCAUACAAAUUUACAUUUAUCUCCUUCAUUUAGGCGGCAAUUUUGCCUCCAAAAUUGGUUGCCACUCUACUACUUCAUAUAAUAUAAAUAUAAAGAUACAUAAAACCAAUACAUUUCCCCCCCUCAUCCUCAUCCGCUUUUCACUUCAUUCCGCCUUUUCGCUUCUUUCAUUCAUAAAAUAAAACUUAGGGAGAAGGGCCAAAAAGGACACUAAGGUUUUUAAUGAAUCUCGGAUAAAAUACUCGUGUUUAUUGUGGACCAAAUAAACACAAAUUUAACCUUUUACGUUCAUUUUUAACCACUCACUACCGUUGCCGUUAAAUGGCCGUUUCCCAGCUAUAGUGAGGAUUGGGAGAGCUCCAAGUUGAUGUCUCGUCUUCAGAGGAGUCUCAGGUGUUCAUCAUCAUAAAUUGCUUCCAACUUUGAGCACCAAGAGCCCGUUUGGAGAACUCUAUUUUCGGCUUAUCAGGCUUAUCAGCCAGCUUUUUCACCAAACACGUAACUUUUACUUUCGCGCGCUGAAUUGUGUAAUAAGCCGAAAAAGUAAGGUUGGAGUUACUUUUCUGGCUGUAUUGGCUGAAGUUACUGUUGAGGACCAUUUUAGCUAUUUUUACAUAUAAUUUUUUCUUUAAUUUAUUAAUAAAAGAUAUUUUUAAAAUAUUUUUUUCUUAAAUCAGCAGAAUCAGCCAAAACAGCCACUCCAGCCAGAAUAUCAUAAAUUUCAGCAGAAUCAGCCAAAACAGCCGAUUUUGGUGCUACCAAACGGGCUCCAAAUAUCAAUCUUCCAAAGCAACACUUUUUGGUCAUGGUGUUGCUUUUCUUGAGCUAUCCUUUUGUAUUAUUUAAACUCCAUUUCAAUCCUUCUCCUGUUCUUCUGAAAUUGCAGAAUCAUAGCCAUGACUUCCUCUGCUGCACUACUUGAAGCCAUUCUUUUCUUCUUAAGCUCUAAUUCAGUUCACUUUGCAUUCCUUCUUUCAGCCUUUGCCAUUUUUCUCAAGCUCCAAUUCGGCUCUCUUCCAGCAUACCCAUGUCUGGUUAUGCACUGAAGUUCUUCCACAAUUUACAAGAUCCAACCUUUGAGACAGAGUUCAAAUCAAAACCAACUUUUGAGCAAAACCCACAACUUAAUUCCCUGGAAUGCAUAACCAAUUACUUGAAGAACCAAUUCAUUAGCCCCACGAGAAAAAGCACGAAGACACAACAUGUCGGAAAACAAAAACCCAAACCUAAAAUCAAAUCCGUAUAAAACUGCUUAUAAAAAUGGAAGCAGUCCAUUACCAAACCCCCAAUAAAGUAGGCCAAGAAGCUCCUACAAAGCUCAUGAACACUACACAGAGUGAGCAGCAGACCUUGAUGAACAAGAAUCUGCAUGUGGGUCUGAAGAUUUCAACAUUUCAGUUGCAGUGAUAGAUAAUUGGGUUGCACAAAUGAAGAUUAGAGGGUGAGAGUAGAUGGGUAAGCCGGGAAGAAUGAGAAGUGGGGGCGAAAUGGAGGGGCUAUUAUGAAGAGUUGAGUGUUCUCCAUGAAAAUUGACUUAGGGUUGCGAAUGAGGCUGUGUGUUUAAUCGCAGAGAAAUGGAAAGGGGUGUUGUAGCUGGGAAAUGGUCUUUGGAACGGUAAUGUUAAUGCGUGGUUAAAAAUGAAGGGCCUUUUAUUCCUUCCCGUGCUGAAGUUGUCGAGUCCAGCUAGGGUUCUUCGUCGGCUAACCAGGGACGUUUUGUGCUCUUCCGUCCAAAGUAACCUGAUUUUCCUUCUCCGAUUCUCCUCUUUGCAGAUUUUGUAAUGCAUAACAAAGAGCAGAGCAUGAGCAUGAACAUGAAUGCAGUGCUAGAAAUGAUUGAUUCUGAAAGUGAUGCUAUGUUUUGUGAUAUGAAUGUUGAUAAUGCGACUAUUGACUUAGAAGAAUAUAUUGAACAAGAGGAAGAUUAUGAUGAAACCAGUGAGGGUGAAGAGGAACCCAUUAAGGAAAAUGAAAAGGAUGAUGUGGCGCGUGGAGAGGAUAAAAUUGUAGAAAAUAUUCCUUUCUUCAAUAGUAUUGAUGAUAUUAAUGAUGAUGUGACUAGUAGUUGGUCAUUAUCGAGUCCAACCGUUCAAUGGACUCCAUGUGAUGAGCUAAAGAAAGGGUUGAUUUUUAAGGAUAAGGCUGAUUUGAAAAGGGCCGUUCAGCUUUACUCUAUUAAGAGGCACCGCAUGUAUGAAGUAGUUGAAACGAAAACAAUUGUGUGGUCAUUGAAGUGUGCGAAACACAAGGAAGGCGGUUGUCGUUGGAGGCUUUUAGCAUGUAAGCGUAAGUCCCAUCAGCGUUUUGAAAUAACUAAAUAUGAUGGCCCGCACCAAUGUGUGUACCAAAGUUUGAGUCGGGAUCACCCAAUGUUAGACUCAAACUUAUUGGCACGAGAAAUUGAAAAUCAAGUCAAAGUGGAGCCUUCCAUUACAGUGGCAGCCUUAAUAGAGGUUUCGAAAGAUAAGUUCUCUUACGAUGUGUCAUAUAAGAAGAUGUGGCAUGCGAAGCAAAAGGCAAUACAUACUGUCUUUGGUGACUGGGAGAAAUCCUAUAAAAUGUUACCUAAAUUUAUUGCCGCGCUUGAAAAGUGUAAUAACAUGAUUGUUGUAUGGCAGUUUGAAAAGUUGCAAGAUCAAAAUAUGGGGACUUUUCAGCGCAUGUUUUGGGCUUUUCCACAAUCUGUUGAGGGAUUUAAAUAUUGUAGGCCCGUAAUUAGUAUUGAUGGAACUCAUUUGUAUGGGAGGUACAAAUCAAGGGGGGUGCAGCUUCAAUUUGAUGUUCUCCACAUCGUGUGAGCUACGGUGGUCCUAGAAGGGCAGGGCCGUAUAUUGGGAAUAUCAGCUCCUCCUUUGAUGUUAAUGGCAUGAUCACACUCCCUAUUUGGUGGUAACCCCGGUGUCGUUUGAAAAUCUUGAGGAAACUCAGCCAGAAGUUUAUGCUAUUCCUUCCCAGGUUUUCUGGGGGAAUAUUUCUUCUGAUGAUGGAUCCCAGAUUUGCAGGAGAAACUCUAAAACAUUUUGAAGUACACUCCAAUCUCCUUAUGGAUGCACAUCGUUCGAUGUCAAAUGAAAUGCACAUACUUAAGAAAGCAGCCAGUAAUGCUGAUGAGCUGGAUGACAAACAGGAGUGCUCAAAGAACUUUAGUCUGUGUGACCAAGUGACCAAGAAUGAGCAGAAAUAUUGUGGCCCUGUGAUGGUGGGCUUGGUGCAUUUGUGUUGUUUUGGAUCUCUACAUUUUGUGUUCGGUGAUUGUUUGAAGAGUCAACAUUAUAAAUAGUAUGUAUAUAUUGGCAUCGGUCUAUUUUUCUUGAUGGUCGUUCUUUAAGUAAUGGAGGAGCUGAAUAUCCUUCAGGAUCAAUGACAUGUAUCCUGCUAUUCUUGUUGUUCCAUAAGCAUUUGAUAAUGAGGUGACUAUGGGACAACUCUUGUUUGAACUCAUACAUUUUUCCGUAACUUGUAUUUCACAAAAGUUAGUUGUAGGUAAUCAGUUAUCU